AGCUGACAUAACCUCAAUAAUAUGCUAUCAAAAAUGAUUGUUAGAUAGUGAUAAAUAAACAGGAUAACAACCUGUUGAUUAUACAUCAUGUGGUGCUACAAAUAGCAGAAGGCAAAAUUUAAUUUCAAACCAGCACAUUCCUUGUGAUUGCUCAUUAUUUUUAGUGUUGCAAGAUUUACACAAUAGUUCAACAAUGACAGUAACAUACAAUGCAGAAGUGGCCACUGUCCGAGGCCUAGGCUGCUUUCUCAAGUUAUUAGCAAGUUACACAAAUAUCACACGAUUAGGACUGCAUUUGUGAAUUUUUAAAAAGUGUACAUUCUGUAACAAUUUCAGUGUUCAUAAUUGUUUGAUGUACCUGUACCAUGAAUUCAUAAAUAGAACAAGGUGGAGAGGCAGUAUCUACAAGUUAGUGUGGAUGGAUUUGAUAUUAUUUUUAACAAUUUACUAUAGUUUAAACAUUACAUAUAGGUAUAUCCUAGAUGAAAGUGGAAAACAAGUAUUUGAAUCGAUGGUGAUAUACUGUAAGGACUAUGUUAAUCUCAUACCAUUGUCAUUUGUCCUUGGUUUUUAUGUAUCAGUAAUAAUGACAAGAUGGUGGAAUCAGUAUACUUCUAUCCCACAUCCAGAUCCUUUAGCAGUGUUUGUCAGCGCUACAAUACAUGGACAGGAUGAAAGAGGAAGGGUUAUGAGACGCACCAUUAUGAGAUAUGUUUGUUGUUGUGUGGCGAUGAUUUUUACUAUGAUUUCUCCAAGAGUGAAAAAACGAUUUCCAACCUUGGACCAUUUCGUUGAAGCAGGAAUGCUUCAACAGAGUGAAAGAGAUAUUAUUGCUGAUUUGGAUAAGAAGUUUCCCAAAUAUCCAAAACAUUGGUUACCAAUAGUAUGGGCGUCUAGUAUAGUAACUAGAGCUCGAAAGGAAGGUAGGAUAAGAGACGAUUUUGCUGUGAAAACACUUGUUGACGAAUUAAAUAAAUUCAGAGGUCAAUGUGGCAUCCUGUUGCAGUAUGAUCAUAUUAAUAUUCCCUUAGUGUAUACUCAGGUUGUGACCUUAGCUGUAUAUAGUUAUUUUAUCACAAAUAUAAUAGGCCAUCAGUGGGUGGAGGAUAAUAAAUAUAAAAUGGAUUUGUAUUUUCCUAUUUUCACUACACUCGAAUUUUUCUUUUACAUCGGCUGGUUGAAAGUGGCCGAGUCGAUGAUAAAUCCUUUUGGCGACGAUGAUGAUGAUUUUGAGGUUAAUUGGAUGGUUGAUAGAAAUUUACAGGUAUCUUACUUGAUUGUAGACGAAAUGCAUCACGAACACCCGCAGUUAGUCAGAGAUCAAUAUUGGGACGAAGUUUUUCCAGCGGAAUUGCCUUAUACAGCCGAAUCUAAACCGUUCAAGGAUACUCAUCCUUUGCCAUCAACUGCAAACAUCGCUGUCAAUAAAGCAAAGCCAGACCAAGACUUAGUAGGACCAGGUUUGAUGAUGAACUCAAAUAUGUCCAAAGGUGAUGAUAACAUCAUGAAUUCUGCUUAUUCGGCUUUCGAAUCCGGACCAAUUACGUUUUCUGCCACUCCUGACCAGGGUGGGAACUAUAUGAGGUCCAGAGCUUCUCAGAGUUCGAUGGGUACUUCAGUUCCAGAUUCAAUUUCAAGAGUCAAUUCAGUGACGAAUAUGUUAAAGAGGUUCUUCAGCCGUGAAGAUAAUAGGCAAGAUUCUAAGAUGGAAGCAAACGAAUUGAAUAACUUACUUCCUAAUCCUGAUACUGUCCUUAAACCAGAACUUAUAAAGAAAAUUACUGAUGAAGUUAUUGAAGAGGUGGACGAACAAACUACACUGACAUCGCAACGAUCUGCAAAAGAGUGUCAUCCAACAGUAGAGAGUAUUUUUGGACCUCCCCCACCAACUCAACCGAUCAGUGUACCUAGUUCGAGUAUUCACAAGACAAGUAGCUAUGCUAAUGCGAUUGCUGAUGUUUAUGAACCGUUCCCAAAAAUGUCAGAAUCUGCGCCUAAUGAGACAACAAAAAAUAUAAGAGACAGUAUGGAUAGUACGGAUCGGGUCAGUAUAGGAGGAUCGAUAACAGAUGAUGAGGACGAUUUUGAAAAACUGAAAAAGAUGAGAGGGGAAGAAAGAAAACAAUUACACAAAUUGGCUCGGUCCCACAGCAACAAGUCAGACGAAUUAGGAGCUGCAUCACCAACAAGACGUAGAUCAAGUGAAACACAGUCUCCAGAAUAUCCUCCUCAACCCCCUUUUGAGCUAAACAUAUAACCAUUUCAAGCACAGGUUUUUUCACAGUCAAUUAAUAUGUCCUUGAAACCAUGUGGUGCCAUAAUUGGUUGUUCAAAAGACUCAGGAAGAGGUUUUGUAUGCAAAAUACAGGGUGAGCCAGUUGACCUAGAUGACAAAAUGACUAAUUGUGUAUAUCGUUUUUGUACUGCAGUUGAAAUAUAUUUCAUAUUUGAGACGAAAAUCAAGAAAAAGAAUUUGUUUCCCCUCCAAAAUCUGAUGCUCCGCAUACAAAAUACCGUCGUCCAAACGCGAUAGUCUCGCGCUGUAAUGAUUUUGCCUAUCAUGCACUCUACCAAAAUUACGCUACCAGCGUGAUAUAUUUUAAAAAAUUGGAUUCUGGUAUUUUAUUUUGCAUAUGCAACUCUUCCAAAGCCUCAAGUAAGUAAACAUUCUAUGUAUACUACAAAUAUUUAGCACUAACUGACAGCAUUCACUGUAAAUUAAAAGAAAAAUCUUUUGGUAUUAUUAGAAAAGACAUAAACAAUAUUUUUCUCGAUUUUAUGAAUAUCUUUUUUACAUGUGACAGUAUUACUUAGUUUGAGAUUUAUUAUGUAUUAUUAUGUAUAUAGUAGAAAAUUCUAAAAAAUAGACAAAUAAUUAGAUUUAAUUAUAUAAUUUAUAGAAAUCUCAUUGUUCAAGAUGAUGACUUUGGCCUAAUUUUAUUACUUGAUAAUUAUACUUAUUCUGGAUUUUACGUAUUUUUGUAAUAUUUUUAAGGAUAACAAAUAUGUAAAUUUGUACAGUCUUCUAUAGUUCUCAAUUUGUAAUACACCCGAUUAUUCUUAAAAUAUUGAACUAGAAAUUUUUAAUACCUCGAAUAACUCGUGAAGUUUUUUUUAUUUGUUAUUCUCAUAAAUUUUAAAACAUUUUAUUUACACUUACACAUUGAAGGUGUAUUACUGAGAUUACUAAAAUGAGACAAUAAACAGUAUUUUUUUGAUUAUAUCGAAGCAAAUGAAAAAUACUUUUAAGAGCUUUGCUGAAAAGGUAGAUAUUUCUCACUAAUAAUUUUAGUAGACUGCUUUAGAUAUUGCUUUUGUGAUAAUUACAGUACAAUACAAAGUAUUGUUUUCUGGCUUAAAAUUAUUAUACUGUUGGGCUUAGCGGACUUUUGCUUUGUAUUUUUACAAAUAAAACAAUAACAAAAUUAAUUAAGUAACUCAGCAAAAGACAUUUUAGUAUGUAGAUUACCUAAAUACCAAAGGUUGCUUACUAAAAUAAAAUAGCACACUAAUCAAAAUACAUACUAAAUAUUAACAAGUGUACUUACCUAAUAUGGCCUUCAUAAGCAAAACAGCUUUAUGUGUGUUUUGUAAAAGGAAUUUUGCUUGCUUAAUUGUUGCUUUUUUAACGGAGUACUCAUAUUUUUUUUAAAAUGAUACCAAAUGUCAAAGUUGCAAACUUCCAUUCAAUCACACGCAUAUGGAACAGUUAAGCAAUAUAGUGAAACAAGCAUUUUUAAGUAAAGUAUUUGUUACGUUA